AAAUGAUUUCUUUCUUGUGAGAGCUUCUAACUGUCAUCUCUUUCACAUUUAGUUUCUACUUUGAAUCCAUCCACUUCAAGAUCACUAUUCUCAAAUUUCAACAUCGUUCUCUAAACCUCACUCGUCAGAGGCCAUAGAUUCUGCUAAUUCAAUCCAUCAGAGUAGCAUGUUAGGGUUUUGGAAAUUCAGCAUCAGAACAAAUUCGAAACCCUAGAUUCCACAAUUCCAUCACUCAUGUCGUUUUGAUCAACUUCGGGAACUGCUCACUGAUUUCUCCGUCGAUGGCAAUCAUCGGCGACGCGCUCCGGCAAGCGUUUAUGCCGAAGCGCGAGUACGAGAGUCUCAGGGAAGAGGAAAAAGCAUGGGGCAAGCUUCAGAGACCUGUGACGGUGGCUUUUGUGGCUGUGAUAUGCGUCGCGAUAUUCGUGUGCACGGUUAUCAGUUUGAGAAUCGUGUUUCCUGGUAGCGAUGCGAGGAGGCCGUUCUGCGUCGAUCGAAGGAUUCAACCUUUGCAAAUUGGAGCCAAAGGUGGUGGCUCUGAUUCUUCGGAUCUGUUUCCUGGCGCUUUCUAUCUCACGGACCAGGAGAUGGCUGAUUAUUACUGGAUGGUUGUGUUUGUUCCAUCGAUGGUGCUUUUCUUGCUCUCGGCUGUGUAUCUUGUUGCUGGCAUCACUGUAGCUUAUUCUGCUCCAACAAGGCAUGGAUGCUUGAAGGUGGUUGAAAAUAAUUACUGUGCUUCAAGACGGGGUGGCGUUCGCUGUCUAUCCAUAUUGAAUCUUAUCUUUGCUAUCAUCUUUGGUCUUCUUGCCUUGUUUCUUGGUUCAAGUCUCUUGACAUUCAUGAGCAACUGCUCUACACCUCUGUUUUGGUGCUAUGAAGUUGCAUCAUGGGGAUUUGUUGUUCUAUAUGGUGGUACUGCCUUCUUCCUGAGGAGAAAGGCAGCUGUGAUUCUUGAUGAGGGGAGCUUUAGUAGUCGGAAUCUAGGGCUGGAAAUGCUGGAAGCAAAUCCCCUGGAAGUCACCCCAGAGGUCGAAAGACGAGUUAAUGAAGGGUUUAAAACAUGGAUGGGUUCAUCCCUUCUUUCAUCUGACGAAGAAGAUGAACCUGACAGUUAUGAGGAGGCACCUCAUUUAACACAUACUAACUCAAACAGGCAAAGGCUCUGAACUCAUAAAUUUCAGCGUUAAGAGCUUGACAUCAUCUUUUCCAGCCUUUCAUGCCUUAAAGAAUGCUGGGCUGGUAUGGGAUUCAGUUUUAGAAGAAAAAAUGUUUUGACAUGUAUCAUAUGACAAUACAAGUACUGAUUAAAAGGAGUAUGAAUUUGGUGCUCCUUUGAACUACGAUUUAAUAUGGUCCAUUAGGGAAUUUUAGUUUAGUUUGUUAAUAACUAGUAUUAAAUUGUGAAUGACCAAGCUUAACUUUCCUAGGGUGGAUUGCAAAGCACUCAUGCUGAUUUUCUCUA